GUAAACAAAAACUACACAGCAAAAGGGAGCGGUCCGCAUCCCCCCCCCCCCCCCCCCCCCCCCCGCUCCUCUAAUUUCUCAUGCUCCACUCUCUGUCCUUAAUUGGUAUUCUCUCUCUCCCAAAUAUCCCAAAAGAUCUUCUCUUUCUUUUCACAAUCACAACAUGCUCUGAACCCCCCUUUUGCUAACAAAAAUUCAAUCCCUCUUAUUCCCUCUCAAAUUCACCCAAUGCAGCCUUCCAAUUCCACCGGAUCCAAUUCGAAUUCCACCGAUAACCCCGAAAACCUUAAAUCCUCAAAAUCACCCUCCACUGAAUUCAAUGCCACCGCAACAGAAAACAGUCACAAUCAUGUCGAAAAAAGAAGUGCUAACGUGGAUGAUGAGUUGGUUCUUGAUGUUACAGGCAAAAGCUUGGAAUUUGAUUUACUAGAAAAAUCUGAUGAUUCAGUUGAGGGUUUGUAUUUGUAUAAGAAUGCCUUUAGUUUGGUGCCCAAGUCGGUGGGCGGGUUAAAAAAAUUGAGGACGGUCAAGUUUUUUGGGAAUGAAGUGAAUUUGUUUCCGGCGGAGUUUGGGAAUUUGGUGGGAUUGGAGUGCUUGCAAGUCAAAGUAUCAUCGCCGGGGUUGAAUGGCUUGAAUUUUAGUAAAUUCAAAGGGUUGAAAGAGCUUGAGCUCUCGAAAGUGCCGCCAAGACCUUCGGUUUUGACGAUUUUGAGUGAGAUUUCUGGGAUUAAGUGCUUGACAAAGCUCUCUGUGUGUCACUUCUCUAUAAGAUAUCUUCCUCCCGAAAUUGGCUGCUUAAGUAACUUGGAGUACUUGGAUCUUUCAUUCAACAAGAUAAAGAGUCUGCCAAAUGAAAUAACUUAUUUAAAUGCCUUGAUAUCAUUAACAGUAUCUAAUAAUAAGUUAGUUGAACUACCCUCAAGUUUGUCCUCAUUGCAAAGAUUGGAGAGUUUGGACCUGUUAAAUAACAGGCUGACGUCACUGGGAUCUCUUGAACUUACUUCAAUGCAUAGCCUCCAGUAUUUAAAUCUUCAGAACAAUAGGCUACUCAGCUGUUGUCAAAUACCUUCAUGGAUAUGCUGCAAAUUGGAAGGAAAUGGAAAGGACUUAUCAAAUGAUGAUUUCAUUAGCUCUUCAGUUGAAAUGGACGUGUACGAAGCCUCCUUUCAGGACGAUGGCAAUAAUUUUUCUUGUAAUGGUUCCAAUCAUGCUGCAUCAAGCAUAGUGACUGUGCCUUCAUCAAACAGCAGAUGCUUUGCAACUCGGAGGUCCAGUAAGCGGUGGAAACGGCGACAUUAUUUGCAACAAAAAGCUCGUCAAGAACGAUUAAACAACAGCAGGAAGUGGAAAGGUGAGGGCCAUGCUGAAGCUUUGGAUCUGAAGGAAAGUGAAAGUUUCAAAUUGAACAAUCUUGAUGUCCGUAACUUCGAGAUUUGUGAAGAGGGUAUAUCAGACAUCGCAGGUCUGGAUGAUGAUGAUGAUGGCGAAAAAGUUGAACUUUCUGGAGAAGCUGAAGUCGAAAAUCUUCUUAUCAGUGUUGAAGCUGAUAAAAUCAGCUCAAAAAAGGGUGUGGAAAGCUGCUCAUGCGACCUUGGGUCUAUAAAUAAAAAUGAGGAAGAAGUAUGUUGUGUGCAAGAUGAAUCUCUAGGCCCUUUACAGGGUGAAGCUGGUAGUCAGGAUGAAAAUCCAUCUUCAGAAAAAUCCAAAAUCACCUACAAGUCAAAAAGGCAUUAUGAUAUGGAUCUUGAUAAUCCAAAACCAUGUAAAUGUCGGAGACCAACAGAAGAUAGCUCAAGAUUGUCUCGCAAAUAUAGCAACCUUUCUUUUUGCAGCAUUGAGGACCGACUACCAGAUGGCUUUUAUGAUGCAGGACGUGACCGACCUUUCAUGCCACUGAGGAAUUUUGAGCAAAUCUUGUCUCUUGACUCACGCGAGGUCAUUCUUUUGGACAGGGAGAAGGAUGAACAGUUGGAUGCAAUAGCUCUCUCUGCUCAAGCAUUGGUGUACCGUUUGAAGAGAUUAAAUGGUUCUACCAAGGAGAGGAAUAAGGUUGCUGUUGAUAACUUGCAGAUUGCAUCAUUGCUUGCACUUUUUGUUUCUGAUCAUUUUGGGGGCAGUGAUAGAAGUGGUGCUGUUGAAAGGACAAGAAAAGCAGUGUCUGGUUCAAACUACAGGAAGCCUUUUGUUUGCACAUGCUCAACUGGAAAUAAUGAAAGUAUCAGCUCUGCUGGUAAACAGACUUUGGAAACUGUAGACGAUAUUUUUUUCUCCGAUCUCUGUGAGAGAUCUUUGCGAUCUAUUAAAGCAAGACGAGGUUCCAUUGUGAUUCCUUUAGGGAGCUUGCAGUUUGGUGUUUGUAGACACAGAGCGUUGCUAAUGAAGUAUCUAUGUGACCGAAUGGAUCCUCCAUUACCUUGUGAACUUGUCCGGGGUUACUUGGACUUCACGCCACAUGCGUGGAAUGUCAUUCUCAGCAGGAGGGGUGAUUCACUGGUCCGGAUGGUGGUGGAUGCAUGCCGUCCACAUGAUAUUAAAGAAGAAACAGAUCUGGAAUACUUUUCCAGGUAUGUUCCACUCAGUCGGGCUGAAGUUCCCCUUUCAACCAAGAGCAUUACCAGUCCUGGUUGUUCAUUUCCUUCUUUGUCAACAUCUGAUGAGAUAGGAAAGGUGGGUUCCAGUACUCUUAUUCGGUGCAAAUUUGAAUCUGUUGAAGCUGCAGCAAAGGUGCGUACUUUAGAGGUGUGUGAGGCUUCAGCAGAUGAAAUUAGGAAUUUUGAAUAUAGUUGUCUCGGAGAAGUAAGAGUUUUAGGUGUGCUACAACACUCUUGCAUAGUUGAAAUGUAUGGACACCAGCUAUCUUCAAAAUGGAUUCCAUCGGAAGAUGGAAAUCCAGAACGCCGCAUAUUACAGUCUGUUAUUCUUAUGGAGUAUGUUAACGGGGGAUCUUUAAAGAAUUAUGUAGAGGAGUUAUCAAAAACUGGCGAGAAGCAUGUACCAGUGGAGAUGGCAUUGUGUAUAGCACGAGAUGUUGCAUGUGCAUUGGCAGAGAUUCACUCCAAAGAUAUAAUUCAUCGUGACAUAAAAAGUGAAAAUAUUUUGAUUGAUUUGGAUAAUAAGAGAGCUGAUGGCAUGCCUUUAGUGAAGCUCUGUGAUUUUGACAGAGCUGUGCCACUCAGGUCUCUCUUGCAUACGUGUUGUAUUGCUCAUAGAGGUAUUGCACCUCCUGAUGUUUGUGUUGGAACACCACGAUGGAUGGCUCCAGAGGUUUUGCGGGCAAUGGAUAAACGCAGCACAUAUGGUCUGGAAGUGGAUAUUUGGUCAUAUGGAUGCCUGCUUCUGGAAUUGUUGACUUUACAGGUCCCAUAUUCCGGCUUACCUGACCUACACAUACACGAGCUUCUACAGUCAGGUAAACGACCACCACUAACUGAUGAGCUAGAGGCAUUGGGAUCCAUUGACGAGCAUUUGGUGACUCAGUCUGGCUCAGAUCUGGAGGGACCUGAGGUUGAGUCAGAAACUCUGAGAUUCCUUGUUGAUUUAUUCUGUCAAUGCACCAAGGAAAAUCCAGCUGACCGUCCCACAGCUUCAGACAUUUACAAAUUGUUGCUUGCACGCACAAGCAUUAACUAGUUGAAGGAAAGUUGGGUACAAUUUUAGAUUAAUCUUUGGGUAAUAGUUUAUUCCCAACCCCAAAUUUUUGUAGCCUUAGGAUGUUAUGUUAUUAUAUUUAAUAUUAAGGCUUCUGGGAAUCAAAUCUUUGGGUUUUCUCUAGAGUUAGUGUACCAUCAUUGUAGUUGAAGAGCUAGAAUUAGCAGCGUCUUUCAACUUUCUUUGUGAGUAGUGUUCAGGUGAUGGGUACAAAGUGGGCUCUUGAUGUCUUUUUUUUUUUUUUAAUCUGGAGGUCUGUAAAUUUCUAUGUAGUUCUGUGUCUGAUUGUGUCAUGUCGCGGCUUUGAUGUAUUUUUCAAUGUAAGUAGGCAUUCUAAUAAGUUACUAACAUUCUCAAAAAGGUAAACAAAGCUUUCGAACUUUGAUUUACUUGUUUGGAAGAGGAAUAUGAACUGGUCAUGGUUUUGAUUUCUUGCCUA